UGCAAAUUUCACAAAAUCCUUCCGAAACUCACAGUAUAGAACCUCAGACAAAAAAACGAAGCAAGAACAAAAAUGAGAAGCUGCUUCGUUAUCCACACUAUCGCCUAAUCCUUGACCAAAGAAUUUCAUCAAUUUCGCCAAAAUGUCGAGAGACCGUUUCUUCAAGGGAUUGCAGCAGCAAGCUGAGAUUCAGUAUAAGAUUUUCACUCGGCGAUAUGGACAACAAAUCAUUGAUAUCUUGGACUUCCCAAUUAAGCUUGUUCUUUCCCCUUUUACUUUGGCUUAUGACAUUGCUGGUUCUGCUCCCCGGGGUUUUGGCGUCCCUGAGUUCAUUUCCAAGCUCUCCUACUCUGCAAUUUUCCUUGUUGCCGCUGUUGGAACAUUUGACAUUACUACCGAACUGGGAAAGAAGGUGCUUUGUCAGAGGAACUGCGGGACGUGCAAUGGAUGGAAUGCACUGCAAUGUACGAUGUGUAAAGGAUCAGGAAAAGUGCAUUACCAAGUCAAAAACUAUAGAUUGAGAAAGUAAACCACCGCUAAUGCAUUUCACUACAAAAUGUUUAGAAUGCUAAUGUUUCUCAUUGCUUUUUUUUUUUUUUUUUUUUUGAUUACUCUAAAAUGUAUCACAUACACCACUUUGCCCAGAACAGUCUGCAAGUCAUUUAACAACAAUUUGAAGUCUCACUCCUCAAAUUAUUAGGCCAGUCCUACCUUUUUUGGACGAAACUGAUUGCAACAUUUGAGCCCUUAGCCAUAUCCUUGAAUCCAUUGGGUUAUGGAAAAGUUUAGUCACAGUUGAUAUUGGUAUCUCCCCCAACCCCCCAACCGUUCUCCGUCCUUUAGGUUUUAUCAAUGUUCCCUACCUAUUCAAGCAAAAUCCAGUUGCUGAUUGCUUUGUUACGGUCAUUUAUUGAUGUUUCCCGGCUGUAUUUUUGUAGUGGAGAGAAAGCAACAGCUCAAUCCAUUGCUGAUGCUGUAGCUGAGAAUCGAGCUGAGAUUGUACAUCUUCCUUCCACCUUUGACCUUCACGUACCAUUGCCAUCCAAGGAUUGCCCAAACUGUGAUGGAUCGGGUGUAAUGAAAUGUCCAGAGUGCAAAGGGAAGCUUCAAAUCAGGAUUUCCGCUGAUGAUAUAAUGGAGCCUCCAUGGAAAGCUUAUAAUGUAAUGAGAAAGAUGGACUACCCUUAUGAGCAUAUUCUUCAUAGUAUGAAAGAUCCCAGUAUUGCUGCAUUUUGGUUGAUCACUCUGCCUCAGAUUAUGGGAGGAUUUGAAUAUGAUGAUGAUGUAAAGCAGAAAAUUUGGUGGCAAUACAAGGAAUCUAUGAGGUAUGAUCAACUCCGAGAUGCUGUGGCCAGGCGAAAACCAGGUUGGGAAUACUUGCAGGAGGCCUUAAUCUCUAUUGAUCCCGCACGUGCUAGGGAAGAUCCAGUUGUCAUAAAGAACAUUCCUUAUUACAAGGCCAAACAGGCACUGGAAACAGAAGUGAUGAGGCUUGAUCCUCCACCCCGUCCAGAGAAUUGGGGGGAACUGGACCUUCCAUUAACAUCAUCAUCCUGGAGUGAGGAAGACCUUAAAGAUCCAAAGAAAUUAUACGAAAAGACAGUUCUUCUUAAUGCACAAAGAGAAAUUGCCGAUCAAAUUCUGGAUGCUCAGUGGGAAAGUAAAUGGCGUCAAGAAAAGCUGAAUGAAAUGCUCGAAGACAAAGUCCGUCCGUACUUGCGAAACAUGGAGAGUGGAGGCCUUUCUCCGCCCAUUGUAAUUCCACCAAAAAGUCAAGAUCAACAGAAAAAGCGAAGACGAUGGUUCUUUUUCUGACAGCCAGAAUUUGGAUUUUAAUCUCAUCGGCAUUAGAUUGUAGAGGGAUGCUAAAUCACGUCGGCGGGAGGCCCUAAAUCACUAUGUAGGUAAAUUAUAUGUACACUGUGCCAUGUCGUUCGGCUGAAGGCCCUCAGAUUGCAUAUCUUCCCUCUAGUUUUGGCCAUAAGUGACUAGCAUCAAGAGCUUUAGUCAUAGCUUCCGUUUUCAGAUUUACAUGUGUCAAUGUAAAUGGUGAUGGGGGAGAGUGCAUUUGUGUUAAGAAAUGAAGCUUUAAUCACAUGCUUAUGAAACUCUGUGAUUCGUUUGAUUGUAUACAGUCAAAAUCUGAACCCGUAAGUGGGUUAAACGCUUUUAUUUGGGGUGUCUUCUCUCCAAAACAGGUCCCUUAUCCCAGCAUCAUUAAUUGCAUACAGCUUCUUUGU